ACAGAUUCUUCUUCUUCUUCUUCUCUCUCCAGUGGAUACUGCGGGGAACACACGGAUUGCCUAUAGGAUGGAUUGCUGAAACUCCCUUCGCGAGAUUACCCAUUUAUUUCCUUUCAUUUCUCUCCCGUCUCACUAUCUCGUCUCCAUCCGUCCAUCCAUGAGUCCAGACGGGUUCUGAUUCGGACAGAAUGCGGAUCCUGGUGUUGAUUCCGCUGCUGUGGGGACUCAGUGAAGGGGCUUUUCCCAGCAGUGUUCAAAUCGGUGGGUUGUUUAUAAGAAACACAGACCAAGAAUAUACAGCUUUCCGGUUGGCCAUAUUUCUCCACAAUACGAGUCCGAAUGCCACGGAAGCCCCUUUCAAUCUGGUUCCACACGUCGACAACAUCGAGACGGCCAACAGCUUUGCUGUCACCAAUGCCUUUUGUUCGCAGUAUUCACGAGGAGUCUUUGCGAUCUUUGGCCUGUACGAUAAGCGUUCGGUGCACACUCUGACGUCGUUCUGCAGUGCGCUGCACAUCUCUCUGGUGACGCCCAGUUUCCCCGCCGAGGGCGAGACGCAGUUCGUGCUUCAGCUGCGGCCCUCCAUCCGCGGCGCGUUACUGAGCCUCCUGGACCAUUACGACUGGAGCCGCUUCAUCUUCCUGUACGACACCGACAGAGGAUACGCCAUCCUGCAGGCCAUCAUGGAGAAGGCGGGUCAGAACGGUUGGCAGGUCAGUGCCAUCUGUGUGGAGAACUUCAACGACGCCAGUUACCGAAGACUGCUGGAAGACCUGGACCGGCGACAGGAGAAGAAGUUCGUCAUCGACCUCGAGGCAGAACGUCUGCAGAACAUUCUGGAACAGAUUGUCAGCGUGGGCAAACAUGUGAAAGGAUACCACUACAUCAUCGCUAACAUGGGAUUUAAGGACAUUUCUCUUGAGAGGUUUAUGCACGGCGGGGCAAACGUAACUGGUUUCCAGCUGGUGGAUUUCAGCAAACCGAUGGUGAUCAAACUAAUGCAGCGCUGGAACAAACUAGACCAGCGGGAGUAUCCAGGAUCCGAGAGCCCACCCAGGUACACAUCAUCAUUGACGUACGAUGGUGUGCUAGUGAUGGCGGAGGCAUUUCGGAAUCUGCGCAGACAGAAGAUCGACAUCUCUCGCAGAGGCAAUGCUGGAGACUGUCUGGCCAACCCGGCUGCUCCUUGGAAUCAGGGCAUCGACAUGGAACGAACUCUGAAACAGGUGAGAAUCCAGGGUCUCACUGGGAAUAUCCAGUUUGAUCAUUAUGGACGCAGAGUCAACUACACCAUGGACGUCUUUGAGCUAAAGAGUAAUGGCCCCCGCAAGAUCGGUUACUGGAAUGACCUGGAUAAAUUGGUUCUGGUCCAGAAUGAGCUCUCCAUGGGAAAUGACUCCGCUAUGGAGAACAGAACGGUUAUCGUCACGACUAUAAUGGAAGGACCGUACGUGAUGCUGAAAAAGAACUGGGAGAUGUAUGAAGGAAAUGACCAGUAUGAAGGAUACUGCGUGGAUCUGGCGUCUGAGAUCGCCAAGCACAUCGGCAUCAGGUACAAGAUCUCCAUCGUUCCUGACGGGAAAUACGGAGCCAGAGAUCCAGAGACGAAGAUCUGGAAUGGCAUGGUUGGGGAGCUGGUGUACGGGAAAGCGGAAAUCGCUGUGGCCCCUUUAACCAUCACUCUGGUCCGGGAGGAGGUGAUCGAUUUCUCCAAGCCCUUCAUGAGUCUGGGCAUCUCCAUCAUGAUCAAGAAGCCUCAGAAGUCCAAACCGGGCGUCUUCUCCUUCCUGGACCCUCUGGCCUACGAGAUCUGGAUGUGCAUCGUGUUCGCCUAUAUCGGCGUGAGCGUGGUGCUCUUCCUGGUCAGCCGCUUCAGCCCGUACGAGUGGCACACCGAGGAGCCCGAGGAAGGCUCCGACAGUCCGCCCAGCGACCAGCCCCCCAACGAGUUCGGCAUCUUCAACAGUCUCUGGUUCUCCCUGGGCGCCUUCAUGCAGCAGGGCUGCGACUUCACACCCAGGUCUCUGUCUGGUCGUAUAGUCGGAGGCGUUUGGUGGUUCUUCACUCUCAUCAUUAUUUCCUCCUACACGGCAAACCUGGCCGCUUUCCUCACCGUGGAGAGAAUGGUGUCGCCUAUCGAGAGCGCAGAAGACCUCGCCAAACAGACAGAAAUCGCCUACGGGACUCUUGAUUCCGGUUCCACCAAAGAGUUCUUCAGGUUUAAGGCAUCCAAAGACAGACAGAGCAGGCUGACAUGCACAUUACAGUUCAGUCAUCUCAGUAAUGGAUCAGAAAUUGAAUCAGACUCCAAAGAGUAUACGAGCCAAACCUACACUCACAUCUACAUAGAGAGCCUGUCUGCAGUCAGGAGAGGAGCUAAAAAAGCAAUUUACUCAGAGAGCAAAGACAAAGUGAUAGAGGGAGAAAGACCGAUGGCUGGAGAGAGAGAGACGGAUGAGAUGUUGGAGAGGUUUCAGAUGAAAGACACUGCACAGUUUGAGUCUCCACACAGAAAUGCUGUAAACCUGGCCGUGUUAAAGCUGAAUGAGCAGGGGCUGUUGGACAAAUUGAAAAAUAAAUGGUGGUACGACAAGGGCGAAUGUGGCAGCGGGGGCGGGGACUCGAAGGACAAGAGCUCGCAGGCGCUGAGCCUGAGCAACGUGGCGGGAGUUUUCUACAUCCUGGUGGGCGGCCUGGGUCUGGCCAUGAUGGUGGCCCUGGUCGAGUUUUGCUAUAAGUCCCGCGCCGAGGCCAAGAAACUGAAGGUGGAAUCGGCCGAACUGAAUUUUAGCCCCGCUCCCAGCCCAACGCACAGUGUGCAGAACUUAGCCACUUAUAGAGAGGGAUACAACGUGUACGGCUCUGACGCAGUAAAGAUAUAGGGGUA